GAGGGAGCAGAGGUGGCGCGGCGCGCGGACGCUGGCGUUGACGCAGCGGAGGGAGGCUGUCGUGGGCCUGGGCCGUGGCCUUGGCCUCAGGGCGGUGCGGAUGGAGUCACUUAGGGUCUGCUAGCCGCGCCACAGCUAGCCGGCGGAGAACCGGAGAAGCCCGCCACUGCCUCCGGGGCACUAAGACAACCCAGCUUGAGCAGGGAGAUGGCGGUUAAUGAUUGCUUCAGUCUGACCUAUCCUCACAAUCCCCACCCAGGAGAUUUGAUUGAAGUGUUCCGUCCUUGCUAUCAGCACUGGGCACUGUACUUGGGUGAUGGCUACGUUAUCAACAUUGCACCUGUAGAUGGCAUUCACUCAUCAUUUACAAGUGCCAAGUCUGUGUUCAGCACCAAGGCCUUGGUGAAAAUGCAGCUUUUAAAGGAUGUUGUGGGAAAUGACACAUACAGAAUAAAUAACAAGUACGACACAACAUACCCUCCUCUCCCUGUGGAGGAAGUGAUACAACGGUCAGAGUUCGCUAUUGGGCAGGAAGUAGCCUAUGACUUGCUGGUCAACAACUGUGAGCAUUUUGUGACCCUGCUUCGUUACGGAGAAGGAGUGUCAGAGCAGGCCAACCGAGCAAUCGGCACCAUCGGGUUGGUGGCAGCUGGUAUUGAUGUCUUCACAUUCCUCGGCUUGUUUCCCAAAAGACAAAGAACGAAAUAUUAGCAAUUUAUUGAAGAGAUUGGAAUGAAGAAAUUUGUGAGGAGAAAAAAAAAAAUCCUGGGGUAAAUACUUAUUUUGAAUGCAUCAUUAUUGCUCGUGAUCCACAUGAUGGAUGGCAGACUCUGUAAUAAAUUGCUUGCUGAUUUUAA